CUUUUCCUUAUAAUUUGUAAGAGAUUAUUUUACCCAUACUUCGUAUCAUAACGCAUUCUGUAGAGAAUUCCCCUUCUCUUGAUUUACUUAUAGGUCAUAUAAGGCCUCGUUGAUCGAGUCUGAACGAUCUUAACGACCAUCUUACACGCCAUCGCCCGGAUUUUCUUUUCUUUUCUUUUCUUUUGCUUUCAUUGUAUCGAUACUCUACACCGUACAUCACUCUCAUCCCCCACCAUGCUAGGCAAACCCCGAAGCACCCAGGGCUGCUGGACCUGUCGUCUUCGUCGCAAAAAGUGCGACGAGAUCAGGCCCAUGUGCCAGGGAUGCAGCGCCCUCGAGAUCACUUGUUACUUUGGCGAUUCCAAGCCCAAGUGGAUGGACGGUGGCCCACGUCAGAAGGAGAUGGCCACGGAGCUCAAGCGCCAGGUCAAGAUACAGGCAAACCACCGUCGGGAGCGCAAGUAUCUCCAGAACUUCGAACUUGCCGCCUCCGCCCUGGACGACUUUGAUCUCGCUUCGCAGCUCGAUGAUUCCAAUUCCGACCCCGACUAUCUCUCCGUCCCCCCGCCUUGUACCAAGACCUCCUCCCUUCACAGCGAUCCAGGCUCUGUCGGUACUAGUAGCAGCGUAUCCACCGCCGCUACCACUCACAACGGUGCAGCCGCCCCUUCGGACUCUCACUCGGCCGCCACCACCGCCGUCACCUCCAGCAUGGCCCAGAUGACCCUCCCGCCCGGUCACGAACUACAGUUCGAGAACCCCCCUGAUCUGUUCGCAGCUUGGAUCCGCCCCCACGCGGCCCGAGACGACGAGCCGCGUGACCUUGACGACGAGAACGACAGCAACCUGGUCAUGGUCUACCUCGACCACGUCUUCCCCUUCAUUUUCCCUUUCUACAAGCCUUCCCUGCUCGAAGGCGGCCGCGGCUGGCUCCUCACCCUGCUCCGCUCCCACAAGGCCGUCUACCACACGGCCCUGAGCCUCAGCUCCUACUUCUUCGGCGUCGUCCUCGAGGGGGCCGAAGGGUCCUCGGCGCCCUGCAUGGCCCGCGCCCGACAGCUCCUGCAAGAGCGCCACAGCCUCGCCCUGCAGGAGCUGCAGGCCGACAUGGCCGCCAUCAACACCAGCGGCGUCGAGGGUCGGCUGCGCGAAGCCGUCCACGUGCUGAACAGCAUCAUCCAGCUCCUCGUCUUUGACGGCGCCGUCGACCACUCCACCAACGGCGUCAUCCACGUCGACGCCGCCCUCUCCCUCUUCCGGCACAUCAUCCCGCAGCCGCACCUCUGGGCCGUCCGCGUCGACCAGAUCGGCUUCGACCGCACCAUCAUCCCGCCCGACCGCAUCCGGCCCUGGUCCCUCGAGCAGGCCGCCCUCAGGACCUUCGGCGCCUCGCUCUUCCUCAUCGACGUCCUCACCGCCACCAGCGCCGAGCGUCGGCCCCUGCUGCAGGACUGGCACGCCUCCGCCCUCGACCUCGACCAAGCCCGCGACCCGGACAUGGUGAACCGCCCCACCAUCCGCCUCGAGGAGCACUUCGGCUGCCAGUCCUGGAUCGUCCACCUCGUCGGCGAGGUGGCCAUCCUCGACGCCUGGAAGAAGGAACACCGCCGCAACGGAUCCCUGUCCACCACCGAGCUGGUCACCCGCGCCGUCGCCAUCGAGCGCAUCAUCCGCGACGGCAUCGCCUGCCUCGACGGCCGCUGUCCCCCGGAAGCCGGCUACGGCCGUCUCGGCCAGCCUUCCGCCCCGCACCCGCUGCACCCUAGUGACCCUAGUGAUCCUAGUGAUCCUAGUGAUCCUAGUGACCCUACUACUGCUGCUGCUGGCCAGCCCGGCAAGAAAGCAUCGCCGUCAUCACCGUCAUCGAGAAUGAGAUCCACCUGGCCCCACAAGAUCCACGACCGCGAGGACCGCCCUCUCGUCGUCGCCCACACCAAAGUCUGGGCCUACGCCGCGCUGGCCUACCUCAGCGUCGUCGUCUCCGGCUGGCAGCCCGCGUGCCCGGAGAUCGUGGCCAACGUGCAGGCCGCCGUCGACUUGUUGCGCGGUGGGAACCGGUGCGCCGACGGCGGCCGUCCCCUCUGCAUCCGCGCCCUGGCCUGGCCUUUCUGUGUUGUCGGGUGUCUCGCGCCGGCGUGCUACGAGGACCUGUUUCGGGCUAUUGUGUGCAACACGGACCCUCUGAGCCGCUUUGGCUCCAUUAAGACCGCCAUGAUCGUGUUGGAGACGGUUUGGGCGAGGAAGGAGGUGCUUGAUGAGAAUUGGGAUGUUGCUGCUUGUCUUCAAGUUAUGGGUAACCCCGUCAUUCUCAUCUGAUCGCAUAUCAACAAGCCUCGUCACGAUACUGUCUGAAGAUCCAUCAUCCUUUUAUUUAUUUCUUGUCCAUUUUCAUUCCAUUACACAAGGUCAACUACACACAAUGCCAACCUGG